GAAGGCAUCAGCUUGCAUCAGUCUUCCUGUUUUCAUUCUCAGCAGCAACACCGUUAGUGAGACACCUCUGAGAGCUUAGAUCCUGUGGUGAAAACAACUUUCUUUUUCUUCAGAUUGUAAAUAUCAACAUACAGAGCCUUUCAUCACAGAUGAUCAACCUGUAACUGAUCUCAUCAGGAGUCUUUUUCAUGAUGGAUGUGUCCCAGACAAUAGAGACAGAGGAGGAUAUCCUGACUUGUCUCCACAUCAAGUUUUACCACCCUCAGCAGAGUUGCAGGGGCCUUUACGGGGUGCUUCCUCUGGGGAAGAGGAGCAGACACUCAGCGGAUGACACCCUCAGGCUGGGCCGCGACUCCCAGUCCUGCACCUACACCCUGGUUGACCCUCGGGUGUCCCGUAAGCAGCUGGCCCUCCACGCCUACCGCACACCCCGCAGCCCAGACAUGCUGUUUACCAUCCAGAACCUGAGCCAGAGGGGCCGACUGUCAGUGAACAGCUCAGCUCUGAACUACCUGGAGAGGAUGGAUCUCCCAGACAAGGCCCUGAUCCGGUUCGGAGAGUAUGAAAUUCUUAUCAUCCGUGAGUCCGGCGAGGCCAAGGCGAGCUUUGAGGUGGCGUUUGAGGUGCUUGUGGGGCCUCCAUCCAGGGAGACAUGCAUGUGUGUGCCUAGUAUGACACCGGUCAUGGACACAGGCUCAUGUGUGAUGAAUGGUUUCCCAGCUGAGCUCAGAACACGCGUCCCUCUGGAGACUGAUGAGACUCUCAUGUAUAACUCAUGAGGAGCCAUCACCAUGAAGUGAGAUGCAUUGACUUGUUUUUACUUUCUUAUUGACUUCCAGUUGAAGGCAAUACAAAUUACUGUGUAGUUGUUACAUUAGAGUCCACACAGGCUUGGAUCUCCGUUUAUAAUGUGAAUCAAUAUUAUUUUCACUCUAUAUCUAUUACUGCAUGUCUGUGUAUUAAAAAGCUGUGAUAUUAAUAACCUCUACUUUUUUAAAGUGUAAAUGCUGUAAAGUCUUCAAACGGUUUGUUUCUACAUUUUCAACUCGAGCCUAUUAAACUAUUUUUGGUAACCCA